GAUGCGGAAUUAACGCAUCUGCUGCGCCCGAACCGGACUGAAUAUGGCGAGCACCGAGAGCAAAAGCGGGUCUUCGGAAAACUUUCACACACCCGAGACAAGUGGAUCGGACCAGCCGGGCGCGAGAUGGGGUCCACAGCAUGCAGGUGCUCGAGAGCUUGCGGAGUUAUACUCGCCAGGAAAAAGAUGUCAGGAAUGGAUCAGUGUGCUGCUUUGCUUUACCCUCAUGGCCUUCAACUUCUGUUUCCUGGUAACAUACUUCCACCUGGGACACACCUGGUACAUCCUCAUGGGCAUCGUGGCAGGGAUCCUGACAGCAGACUUUGCCUCUGGUUUGGUCCACUGGGGUGCUGACACAUGGGGUUCAGUGGAUCUGCCCAUCGUUGGGAAGGCCUUCAUUCGUCCGUUUCGAGAACACCACAUCGAUCCAACAGCAAUAACGAGGCAUGAUUUCAUUGAGACAAAUGGUGAUAACUGUAUGUUGACUAUCAUCCCUCUGGCGAACAUGACCGCAAACUUCUUGAUGCUCUCACCAGCUGAGAUCUAUCGGAACUACCCCUGGUACUGUUACGUCUUUGCUUUAGCCAUUUUUGUUACAUUGACAAAUCAGAUUCACAAGUGGUCGCACACAUAUUUUGGGCUUCCACGCUGGGUGACGUUUCUUCAGGGCUGUCACAUCAUUUUACCACGGAAACACCACAGAGUUCACCAUGUUUCACCUCAUGAAACCUACUUCUGCAUUACCACAGGCUGGUUGAACUAUCCUCUAGAAAAACUGGGAUUCUGGAGAAACCUGGAAGAUCUGAUCCAGAGCCUGACAGGAGAGAAACCCAGAUCAGAUGACCUCAGAUGGGCCCAGAAAUCCAAGUAAUCGUCCUCUGCCACCAACCCACCUCAGACCUGCUUUUAGGAGAACAGUCUUUCUCUAUUUGUCCUCCCUCAGACAGAACAAGAGGAAUGGCAAGAUAUCAAAGCUCAAAUUAGAAAGCCAUCAAUUCUUCAAAACAGUUAAGAGAAAGGGGGUCGACAGAGUGAUUGAAAGCAAUAUCCCACCUGCUCACUCUAAAGAUCCAAACAUCUAAAUCCUUGUUGAAAACUUGAGACUUCUGUGAAAUGUUUAAAACUCUUUAAAGUGCAAAAAAAAUAAGCAAAUGUAAAAUUCCAAUACUUGAACAAAGUGGGCUCUUUUCUGGACACCUUCUCAUCCUUCAACUGCUCAAAGCUUGUUUCUGAGGGACUAGCCUAUGCUCUUGGGUUUGACCUUUGGGACUGAUAUCUCUUGCUCUCACCCUUCUCUUGUUUGGGGAUAAAGUGCAGUAAACUCAAGGCAUUUUGGCUCUUUGACACAGAGGGCUGAAAACAUGUGUCUUCAUCUGUUGCUUGUGUCUGAACGGACAGAGCAGCAUCAUAUGCAGUCUUACUUCAGUACGCCUUAAAAGACCAAUCACAAGAAACUUGCUUUGCUUGGCCUAAUCCUUACACUUCAUUCAUCUUUUCAUAAUUAAUACUUUCUUUUGAAACGCAUUUGCAAAUUCAGAGGUGCUGGAAGCAGUCAGCUCUUGACCAAGUAUAUUAGAAGUAUUUCCACAUAGGUUAAUAUUUAGGUGUAGGGGUUUCAGUGUGAAUAAGCCAUGAGAUCUACAUUGGUGUCCUCGCUGCUCAACACUGUGAUAACAAAACCCAUUAGACACUCAGAAAAGGCCUUAUAUGUAUCCAUUUUUAUUUUGUAUUAACUUCAUUGUAGGGUAGGUUGAUGCGAGCUUGACCAGCUGACUGACACAAACGAACACUUUCACUCCAUCACUUGAGUUUUGGGUUUGCGUACAUUGUUACUUAACAGUUUAAUGUUCAAUUUAACGCUAGCAUGUUAAAUCACACAGCUCGUAGUUCUUAUUUAAUAAUAAUAUGAGAUGUUAAAGGCAAUUAGAGCAUGAUGAAAAUGACAGAAUCAACAUCUAGCUGUCUAGUGACUUACAACUACUACUAACUGCUUAUUUAAUGAGCGUCAUGCACAUUUUCUUUUAUAAAGCUGCAAUGACAAUGGAUUAGAAAAAAAUUAUUUACUUGACUUUAUAUUUAAAUACAGCACUAGUCAUAUUUUUAAUUAUUAGAAAUGUUACAAAAUCUUUCACUAAUAGGAAAAAAAGAGCUUUGCUUUGCUUUGCUUUAAAAAGUGUUGCUAUUCAAGCAAUGUCGUUUAGGCAGUGUUUAUCGUGUGUGUGGUUACCAUUGUAACAGUCGUCUUAAAAGAGUGAGGAAAUGGAAGAAGAAAUGAACAAUAUUUUAUAUCAAAUGUUACAUAAUUGUGAUCAUUUUUGUUGUGCCAUUUUUUUUACUUUUAUUUUUCUGAAUCGGUUUAAUUAUUUUUCUAACAGAAUAAUAACUGUUACACCCUGUUUGCACAGAUGAUUAUCAGUGAAAAUAUUUCUGAUCUUCAGCCCUUCAAAACUCAAAAAACUGUAAAUGUCAACCUAAUCAAGUCAUAGCUUAUAGGUUUUAUGCUUGUGUUAAUAUUCAUGCCAAAACCUUGUUACUGUCAGCAGCAAUGUGGCAGUUGUUGUGUUUCAAUAGGUCAGUAUGGUGAUAGUACAUGUUUAGAUAGGUCAGCUCUACAGAAGGUCAGAGAAUGUGUUUUAGAGUGCAAAUUAAUUUGUCCGGAGUUGUAAAACUGUUACAAUGGAGUCAGCCAGAACUGUAAAAAAGCAUAUAUGAGGUGUUUUGAGCUGAUUCAUGUGUUACAUCUUAUUUUCCUCCUUUUCUGAAUUCAGGAAGAUUUGUUUAGUGGAAUAUUGUGGUAUUUUUGACAGUCGACUAAUAUAUAUUUCUAUGCUGAUACAAGAUGCCAAACUUAUUUUUGCUCCGCUAAUAGAUCUGUUGUGGUGUGUUCGAUCGGUGCACCACUCCAGUGGUGAUUUUCACUGUACAGGGAACUGGAGCUUAAACCAAUUUGAUUUAGUAAAAUGUUACAUUUGUCAUCGAACUCCACUUGUAUUGUUGGUUUCCAUUACGUUUUUAUUAUGACAUUUUCUCCUACAUUCUACAUUGCACAGUGUGGACUAUCAUAUCAUAUUACAUAGCUCUAAUUUUUUUUCUUAUUCUUUUUGUUGUUGUUGAAUAUACUGAUCGUGAAGGACUCCACCAGCUGUAACAUUUCUAAGCUUAUUUCCUAUUGAUAAAUGGUGGAUGAGGUGCAGCCUGUGAUCGUGAUGUGGGGAUGCAGGGAAGAUUGGGCUUUUGUCUGGUUAAGCUUGUUGUUCUGCAGGGCUAAUUAUUAUAUAAACCCACAAAAAUGUAGGAUUUUGCUUAAGAAAUGUUACUAAUUUGGUGUGCAGUGUGUAAAGGAGAUUGAUAUUGUGCUAACUAAGUGAUUGUAUUAUCAAACUUGCAAAAUUAGAGUGUUAAAAAAAAUUUUUUUAGGCUCCUUGCUUUCCAUGCACUGUGCAGCAGUAUGUGGCUGUGAGGAGAUUGAACCAAUCACAUUGUACUUGCUCAAAAAUAUUGUAUUUUCCUUUAGAUAACAAAGCAAAGCCAAUCCCUUAUUCACAGAGGUCAUUUGAUUGAUGACAUUUGGCAUUCACACUUGUUACUGAAUGUUUGUUCUUACUGAUUUAUCGGGAGAAGCCAAUUGAUUUUGCAAUUCACCACAAAGUCUCACAUUCAGUAAAUUUUUGUAGGUCGGCUACUUGUUGAAAACGGAAAAUAACACCUUAAUGCCUUUUUGUUGUUUUGUGUUUUGUAAACUUUUGUCAUUAA